AUGAUCCAGGUCACAGUUCGAAGGGCUACCGACGCCGUCGACGCGUGCCUCGACGCGCUGGACAAGGGCCGAACUCGCAUCGGCGUGUCGUCCCCCACAGGGAGCGGCAAGACGACAAUGUUCAUGCACCUUAUUCCGCGGGUACGAGAUAGCUACCUGGCCGAAGGACAAGGGCACGGGUCGAAGCAGACGCUCAUCCUGGUCGGCAGCGUCGAGCUCGCGCUCCAGGCGGAAGCUGCGGCCCAGCGAAUCCUCGGGGACAAGUACACUGUCGAGGUGGAGCAGGCGCGGCGCGUGGCCAGCGGCCACGCCGAUGUCACCAUCGCGACGUACCAGACCCUCAACAACCCCGAACGGCUGAACAAGUUUGACCCGGCGCGGUUCAAGCUCGUGAUCGUCGAUGAAGCGCACCAUGCGGCGUCUCUCUCGUGUGUCUGCCCCGUCUUCCCCGCUGACGGCAGGUAUCUCCGCCUCCUGCACUACUUUAACGACGGGGUAGAUCUCCCCUCUGCCACGGGACCGUUCACGCGCUUCGAUCACGGGCACAAGGUUCCCGUGGUCGGGUUCAGCGCGACGUUCAGCCGACAUGACCAGCUAGCCCUCAGCGCCGUGUUUGAGGAGAUUGUCUUCCACCGUGGGGUGGAGCACAUGCUCUCAGAGGGAUGGCUCUCACCCGUCAAGUCGACGGCCGUCUUUGCCGACCUUGAUCUCGAGGACGUAGAGCUUAACAGCAGUGGAGAAUACAAGGCGACGUCGCUUGCACAUCACGUCAACACUCCCGAGAUCAACCACCUCGUCGUUCGGACAUAUCUCCAUCGUGCUCACGACCGCAGGUCUACGCUGGUGUUUGCCGUCAACCUCAAACAUGUUGCUGCGCUGGUUCAAGCCUUCCGUUCCGCAGGGAUCGACGCUCGUUCCAUCUCCUCCCAUACACAUGCCCAGCAGCGUAAAGACACAAUCGCAAGCUUCUCUGCUGGCGAGUUUCCCGUCUUGGUCAACUGCGAGGUCCUUACAGAGGGGACUGACAUCCGAGAGAUCGACUGCAUCAUCCUGUCCCGUCCGACCAAGAGCAAGAAUCUGCUCACCCAGAUGGCGAACUACGAGGUCACCUUCGUCGACAGCGACGACCCCUUCCGUCUGAGGGAGGAGUCUCCAACUGUCAUUGCUCGCAUCACUCCCAACGCCUGGGUUGCGUGUCUUGGGUUCCUCACCAUCGAAGCCAGCCCUAGCUCGCCAUGCUCCAUCGCGUUCACCCAGAAGCUGCCUCGCGAACUCGCCGUUCCCGGCUGGUCACCUUACAGCCGCAAGCAGCACAUCGCCAUGGCCGACGACAUUCAACGUGCGUUCGAGACUGCGGAUCAGUUCGCCACUCGCCGCGCUGGUGCCGAAGUCGCCAAGCAGUUCCUGCGCCGAGCACCGUGGCGUCAACGCCCCGCCUCGGAGAGGCAGAUCAGCAUGCUCCUCAAAAUGAAAGGCGUCAGCGAAGGGUCGGACAUUAACGAUGUUUUCAUCCUCGGUCGUAGUGUCCCUAUGGACAAGCUCACAGCUGGGCAGGUCGCAGCCUACGUUUGUGCAGUCCAGCAUGGCGCCCUCGGACACAACACCAUGUCCGAAGCCCAGACAAUGGAGGGCAAGAAGCGCAAGAGGACCGGCAAGCAGCGCGAGGAGGCGAAGCGCGCAGCGAUCCAGGCCAAGCUAGACGCCGAGGCUGCCGCGCCUGUCGAGACCGAGCCCGUCGCCGAUGUGCCGGAGGUCGCGCGCGAGGAGCCCACGGAGGCUAUGGCUGUCGACGAGCCUAGGCCGGCUGAGGAAGGAGGCAAGAAGCGGAAGCGGACCGGAAAGAUGCGCGAGGAGGCCAAGCGGCUGGCCAUUGCGGCGAAGCUCGCCGCCGAGGGAGGUGACGCGCCCGCGCCCGCGGCGCCAGCUAUCGAUGUCGCCGUUGCUGAACCCAUGCCCGCCGGGCCCGACUUUGCGGGCAUCGAGAAGCGUAUCCAGCCAGUGCUCAAGAAGCUCCACCCCGUGUUCAAGCAGGCCAAGACGAUGGAGUCGAUGCGCCUGAUCAAGAAGGUCAAGUUCCUGCGCGGCAAGGGCGAGGAGAAGAAGGCCGAGGUCGCAGAGCUGGAGAGUCAGAGGAAGCUUCUGAGCGCGCUCCAGCUCCGCGCGGUCGCGACGGCGCACCUGGCGCAGAAGCUCAAGAAGCACCACCUGCUCAAGCGGGUCGAGCUCCCCGAGUCCAUUACGGUCCUGCUCACUGCUGAGCCGUCUAUCGCUGCGUCCAGCUCGUCAGCAACGCCAGAAGCCAUCACCAAGGCUGAGAACCGGCUGUGCUCGUCCAAGCCGGUCGCUGACGCGAUGAAGACGCUCGUCGCAUUCGUCAUGGGCGAGUCUGGUGCCAGCUUGGACGUGAGGACCAAGGCGGCAAAAGCUCCGAAGGGACGCGCUGCCCAGCGCCGCGGUUCCGACGACGGCACGGACGACGAGAGCGAGGAGGAAAGCGAGGACGAGGAGGGCCUGCCGCUCGGCCGUAUCGAGGGGCUCGAGAGCGACGACGAGGUCAUCGUCGAAGACAGGGCGGCUGACGACGCGGGAUGGGAGAGCGGCUCGCUCGGCGACGGUAGCGAUGGCGACGAUGACGGCGACGACGACGGGUGGGAGUCGGGCUCGGUAUCCGGCCUGGAUGGGCGGAUCGCGCCGCCCUCCGACUCUGGGGACGAGUCGGAGGCGUCGGAUGUGCCGCCCAGAAAGCGGACAAAGGAGGCUGCCCCUGCGCCAGCACCGAAGGGAAGAACAGCCAAGGCCGACGGCAAGUCGUCCAUGUUCCUUCCGUCCCUGGCGAGCGGCUUCGCGCCAGCCGGCGAGGGUGACUCGGACCCAGACAACGACUACGACCCGAACGGUAUCUUUGGAAGCAAGACGGCGCCAAGGAAGAAUCGUCGUGGGCAGCGCGCACGUCAGGCUAUCUGGGAGAAGAAGUACGGCAAGGGUGCCAACCACGUCGUCAAGGCGCGCGAGGAGGAGGAGAAGCGCAAGCGUGGACCGCAGGGACAGAAGCGGGACUCUGGAUGGGGUCAGAGGAGUGGUGCCGGCGCGGGUGCGCCGCCUGCGGCUGCUGCUGCUACUCCUACCCCGGCGACGAUGGCAGCUCCCGCGCCUCGCACUUCGGCGCCAGUAACGGCGCCUAAGCCCAAUGCGAACCCCGACGCGAAGAGCCUCCACCCGUCCUGGGAGGCCGCUCGUCUGCGCAAGCAGCGCGAGGCUGUCGGUGCCAAGGCGACCAAGAUUGUGUUUGACUAGUAGACAUUGCAUAGAGAUGAUGGAUGUGGCAUGGCCUCGGCUGGGUGGGG